CUGGCGAGUGAGUGACAGCUGAGAGAUAGAGAGAGAGAGCGAUAGAGGAGAGGAUGGAUGAGUGAAUAUUCCGCGGAGUGAUCCACAGCACGGUUUUUGUAAAACAUGGACGGUGGAAACUAUGGGUUCCCUCGUGAAUACCUCGACCGCUUUGUCCAGAGUCAGGACUCCUCUGUGGUGAACAAGUUCCAGCAGAAGUACUGGAAAACCAAACAAACGCUCAUCAAAGUGACGGGGAAGAAGGAGGACAAGCAUGUUGUCGCUUCAGACGCAGACCUGGAUGCCAAGCUUGAGGUGUUCCACUCGGUGCAGAGAACGUGCAUGGAGCUCCUCAAAGUCAUCGAGCAGUACCAGAGAAGAAUAUGCCUUUUGUCUCAGGAGGAGAAUGAGUUGGGCCGCUUCCUGCGCUCUCAGGGCUCCCAGGACAAAAGCCGUGCAGGAAAGAUCAUGCAGGCCACUGGAAAAGCCCUCUGCUUCUCCUCUCAGCAAAGGCUGGCCCUGCGCGUCCCACUGUGCCGCCUGUACCAGGAGGUGGAGACGUUUCGCUACAGGGCCAUCUCUGACACGUGGCUGACAGUGAACAGGAUGGAGCAGUCCAGGACAGAGUACCGGGGGGCGCUGCUGUGGAUGAAGGACGUGUCUCAGGAGCUGGACCCCGACACACACAAACAGAUGGAGAAGUUCCGCAAGGUUCAGGCUCAGGUGCGUCUCACCAAGACUAGCUUUGAUAAGCUGAAGAACGAUGUGUGUCAGAAGGUGGAUUUACUGGGGGCCAGCCGGUGUAACCUGCUCUCUCACGUCCUUACUAACUAUCAGACCACGCUGCUGCAUUUCUGGGAGAAAACGUCUCACACCAUGGCUGCUAUCCACGAGAGCUUUAAAGGCUGCCAGCCAAACGAUGUCUCAGCACUGAAGAUGCUGCAGAACAAAGGAUCCGAUCAGGGAGCAAAGAAAAGGGUGAAGAAGAAAAACAAAGCAAAAACAGAGGAAAAAGAAACCACAGAAAGCCCAACAACAGAAGACGUACUGAUUUCAAUAGACGAGGAUGAUCUAAACAAAGACCUCAGUCAAGCAGGUGCAGAGGAGGCGCUGUUGGGCAGUGUUCAGGACAGGGAUGGGCUGAGUCUGCUGAGUGAGAUCCUGGGCUCCAGCUCACUGGAGGAGGGCGAGUUCUCCUGGGAGUGGAGGGAGGUGUUCGGGGAGGACGAGUGUGUGGACAGCAGCACCAAAAACAGCACAGCUGGACUUACAGACGCACAGCUGGAGGAGGAGAAGGACUCGUUCUUCCUCCCGUCACGCCUGCUGGACGAGAACCUCCACAACCUGCAGUCUGCAGUCUCAGGCUGGGCUACAGGAAACCCACAGAGUGCAGCUGGACUAACUGAACAACCUGCAGCAGCCAAUCAGAACACUCCUAAACCAAAGGCCAGAGAUACCGCUGAAUCGAUAAAGGAUCGCUCAGUGUGGUUCAACCUGUUCGCUGACUUGGAUCCUCUGACCAACCCGGACGCAGUGGGGAGAACAGACAGGGAGCACGAGCUGAACACAGCAUAAACACCACAGCAAUCACAGCACCUGUCUACCUGUCCACCUGUCUGUCUCCACCCGCUGCAGCACAGCAGACAGACAGGCCCGCUGCAGAUGCUUCCUGUUGCAUGAAUAUUUUCCUUACACUGUUUCAGAUCUGUGAGACAGAGGAUGGUGAGACCAUUGCCUUUAUCAGAUACCUGCUCUUUUAUUUUCACUGUUUCUAUAUCUGUGCCAAUCUGUUAUUCUAAGUUAUUCUCAAAUAGUAACUCAUGGUAUUUUGUUGUGUUAAUAUAUUUUGACUUUAGUUUCUUAGUUGAGGGACUCUUCUGAAUAUGUGAAGGUCAAAUCCUAGUGAGAACAUUAGAAACCUGGUUCUUAAAGCUGAUCUUAAAGCUUAGAGAAGUGCUUUCAGGAUAUGACCAUGCUGUGUUACAGGGGAAUUUCACUAAUUUAAUCAAAUUCUGUAUACAUAAAAAAAGAGAUCACUUCAGUUUCUGAAUCAUUUUUUUUUCUGAUUUUGCUAUUUAUGAGUUUAUGUUUGAGUAAAAUGAACUUUGUUAUUUUAUUCCAUAAACUACAGACAACAUUUCUCCCAAAUUACAUAUAAAAAUAGUCAUUUAGAGCAUUUAUUUGCAGAAAAUGAGAAAUAGCUGAAAUAACAAAAACUAUGCAGAGUUCAGAAAUCAAUAUUUGGUGGAAUAACCCUGUUUUUUAAUCACAGUUUUUAUGCAUCUUGGCAUCAUGUUCUCCUCCACCAGUCUUACACACUGCUUUUGGAUAACUUUAUGCCUUUACUCCUGGUGUAAAAAUUCAAGCAGUUCAGUUUGGUUUGAUGGCUUGUGAUCAUCCAUCUUCCUCUUGAUUAUAUUCCAGAGGUUUUCAAUUUUGCUAAAAUCAAAGAAACUUUUAAGUGGUCUCUUAUUUUUUCCAGAGCUGUAGAUCAGUUAUUAUUUGGGUGGUGAUUAUUUGAAUCAUUCUCAAAACUGUAGAUCAGAUACAGCAGUGCUGCUGCAGUUUUUAAACACUCCUACCUACAGCUGCUCCACCCUGUAGAUAAAAUAAAGUCCCAGUCAUGAUACACAAAAGAAAGACAUUCCAGGGGAUUUAUAGGAUGUUAAAUUGGAAAGGAGAGAUGUUUUAGACUUGCUCCUCCUACUAAAACUUAGUUAAUUUUCAGUGACGAUUUUCCAGCACUGAGGUUGAAACAGGAUUAGCAUUAGCAUUAGCCGCUAACCGCAGCGCUAGCUCUUUCACUGUUUAGAAGUUAAAAUAUUGAAAUGUAGUCUGCGUGUUUACCGUGUUAAAACAAGCUACAAACUACUGAACCGGUAGCUAGAUGUAUAUAGCGCCCUGGGUCACCAGGACACUCAGGGUUUCCCAGUCUAGUGCUAUUGUUUAGCAUUUAGUAGUGCUAAGCGCUGCUAACCACGGCUAGCGCUGCUGCUGCUAAAAAUAUUGUAAAUCUAAGCUUACUGUAAAUAAAUCGCAGUGCUUUACUCACCCAAAUAAACAGUUUUCAGGAGAGCAAUCUGUGUAGAUUAACAUCCAGCGCUCACUUAACUUUAAAAUAUAUAUAUAUAUAUAUAUAUUUUUUUUUUAAGAAUUACAGUUUUGUUUACCUAGGCGCUAGUUCCUCCAGCCUUCCCCAUUAGAAUUUAAACAUGGCGACACCCUUGUUCCUUAUUGUUGUCAGCCUUAUUGUAAGAUUUAUAAUCUGGUGUAAUACUUAUGUAUGAAAAUAGACCAAAAAAUAGACGUUUAUUGACGGUGCGCCUUAUAGUCCGUAAAAUACGGUAUUAAUUUAACUCAAUGCUGCAGAACAUAAGCCUUAAAGCUGACAAUACUUUACACUUUAGGAUGGACGUUGAGCUGGAACCUCAGUUAAAAGCCUAAAUUAGGAUGAGAUUAACAGUUGUAGUCCAGUUUUCACAAGAGCUAAAAAUAAAAAUAAAUAAAU